AGGCGGAUAUUCCGUGGGUGGCGAAUGCGUGCCCGAGAUCAGAGGGGGCAUUAGAGGGCCCUGGGCCUGGUGCAGAGAGACUCAAGAGGCUUGAAGAGCCAGCCUAGAGUUCAUUUACCAACCAAGAAAACUUGAAAAUGAGCAGCCGACGGAAACGUGCUCCUCCAGUGAAGGUAGAUGAGGAAAAGCAGCAACAGCUUCGUUGGAAUAUGCAUGAGGACAGAAGGAAUGAACCUCUCACCUUAACUGAUGACGAGCACCCCUGUCUGGAUUCAGACUCCUCUUCUGCUCAUUGCCUCAUCCUAGACCAUAGUCUAACUGAAGAAGUGGCUCAUAGAGGUAAGAAGAGGUGUUUAGCGGCAGUAAGCAUCUCAAUGUCAAUGGAAAAGGAAGAGACUGUUGGGAUUUGUUCCCCUUCAUCAGUAAAGUUGGAUAUUGUGAUUUCUCCCUAUCAUUUUGAUAAUUCUUGGAAAGCAUUUCUAGGAGAAUUAAUUCUUCAGCUUCUUCCUAAACAGAGUUUAAUAGAAAAUUUUUCCGAAAAGAGUUUUACACUGGUGAGUUCAGAGUCAAGCACUCAGUUCCUGAUCUAUGUUCAUUCGCAAUAUGAAGAUGUAGAGAAACAAGAAAAAGGACACAAAGAACCAACCAAUAUCUGUGACAAGGGUAUUCGAGUGGAAUCAUCUUUCAGUGGUAAAACGUUAGAAGAUUUGGGGUGGCUGCAAAAGAAGAGAAGAAUAAAACUUUACCAAAGACCAGAAGGAAAUGACAUUAUCAAGGUUGGAAUUUAUCUUUUGGAAGCUGGCCUAGCAAAACUAGACUUUUUAAGUGAUGCAAAUUCAAGAAUGAAAAAGUUCAAUCAGCUCAUGAAGAGAGUGAUGGAAAAGUUAUACAAUUUUGUUAUUCCAGAUGUGUUGGAAGAGGAUGAGGAGGAUUCAGAGAGUGAGCCAGAGGGACAGGACAUUGAUGAGCUCUACCACUUUGUGAAGCGAACACAUCAGCAAGAAACACGGUCCAUCCAUGUGGAUGUCCAGCAUCCUGCACUAAUCCCUGUGUUGAGACCCUACCAGAGAGAGGCUGUCAAUUGGAUGCUACAACAAGAGCAUUUCAGAAGCACUCCUGCUGGUGAAAGUGCGCUGCACAUCUUAUGGCGAGAGAUUGUUACAUCUGAGGGUUUGAAACUCUACUAUAAUCCAUACACAGGCUGCAUCAUCCGUGAGUACCCAAAUUCUGGGCCACAGUUGCUUGGUGGAAUCUUAGCAGAUGAGAUGGGUCUUGGAAAGACAGUGGAGGUUUUGGCUCUGAUUCUAACACAUACUCGACAAGAUGUCAAACAAGAUGCUCUGACUCUUCCUGAGGGAAAAGUGGUGAAUUAUUUCAUUCCAUCGCAUCGUUUUGGAGGAAAAGUAAAAGACAUAGAAACCCAGAAUAUGGAAUUUGAACCAAAAGAAAAAGUUCACUGCCCCCCUACACGUGUGAUGAUCCUGACAGCUGUGAAAGAAAUGAAUGGAAAAAAAGGAGUUUCCAUCCUUUCCAUCUAUAAGUAUGUCAGUUCUAUAUAUAGAUAUGAUGUUCAACGGAACAGGAAUCUUCUGAAACGGAUGCUGAAAUGUUUAAUUUUCGAAGGUCUUGUGAAACGGAUCAAAGGCCAUGGUUUUUCUGGGACUUUUACAUUGGGAAAGAAUUACAAGGAAGAGGAUAUAUGUGAUAAAACAAAAAAACAGGCAGUAGGGAGUCCAAGGAAAUUUCAGAAAGAAUCCAGAAAAUCAGGGAACAAGGACACAGAUUCUGAAUACUUGCCAUCAAACACCUCUGAUGAUGAUGAUGAUCCUUACUGUUAUUAUUAUAAGACCAGGAGAAAUCGUAGUAAAUUGAGGAAAAAGCCUAUUCCAUCUACAAAAAAAGGAAAGAGUCAGCCUAACAACAAUUCUGAUCCACAAGGUCACUGUCCAGCUACCAGUGACUCUGGAAUUACUGAUGUUACCAUGUCUAAAAGUAUAUGUGUCUCUGAAGUCAAGCAAGAACAUAAAGCAAAGGACUAUGCUGAAUUUCCAAACCCUGCUGAUAGUGAUGUGCCACAUUCUAAUAUCAUGAAUCCCUAUAAUACCUCUGAUUAUCGCUUUGAGUGCAUAUGUGGUGAACUUGACCAGAUAGACUGUAAGCCUCGCGUUCAGUGCCUGAAAUGCAACUUGUGGCAGCAUGCAAAAUGUGUGAAUUAUGAAGAGAAGAAUCUGAAGAUUAAGCCUUUUUACUGCCCCCAUUGCCUUGUUGCAAUGGAGCCAGUAUCAACAAGAGCAACUCUGAUCAUCUCUCCAAGUUCCAUCUGUCAUCAAUGGGUGGAUGAGAUCAACAGGCAUGUGAGGUCAUCAUCUCUUCGAGUCUUGGUAUAUCAAGGAGUGAAGAAAGAUGGCUUUUUACAGCCUCAUUUUUUGGCAGAGCAGGAUAUAGUUAUCAUUACCUACGAUGUCCUUCGCUCAGAACUAAACUAUGUUGAUAUCCCACAUAGCAAUAGUGAGGAUGGGCGUCGCCUACGGAACCAGAAGCGCUAUAUGGCUAUUCCCAGCCCCCUAGUAGCUGUGGAAUGGUGGAGGAUUUGCCUCGAUGAAGCUCAGAUGGUUGAAUGUCCUGCAGUAAAAGCUGCAGAAAUGGCCCAGCGUUUGAGUGGGAUUAAUCGGUGGUGCAUCAGUGGUACUCCAGUACAGAGAGGAUUGGAGGAUCUCUUUGGGUUAGUGGUCUUUCUUGGUAUCGAACCUUACUGUGUCAGACACUGGUGGGUUCGACUUCUCUAUCGCCCUUACUGCAAGAAGAGUCCUCAGCUCCUCUAUAGUUUUAUUGCCAGGAUAUUGUGGAGGUCUGCAAAGAAAGAUGUGAUUGACCAAAUCCAGAUACCACCACAGACUGAAGAAAUGCACUGGCUCCACUUUUCUCCAGUGGAAAGGCAUUUCUAUCACCGUCAGCAUGAGGUGUGCUGCCAGGAUGCGGUGGUAAAACUCAGGAAGAUUUCUGACUGGGCUCUGAAGCUCAGCAGCCUGGACAGAAGGACUGUCACCUCCAUCUUGUAUCCACUGCUGAGGCUCAGGCAGGCCUGCUGCCACCCUCAGGCUGUUCGUGGGGAGUUCUUACCACUCCAAAAAAGCACCAUGACAAUGGAAGAGUUGCUGACAUCUUUGCAGAAGAAAUGUGGGACUGAAUGUGAAGAAGCACAUCGGCAGCUAGUUUGUGCCCUCAAUGGCCUAGCAGGCAUCCAUAUCAUUAAAGGAGAGUAUGCCUCGGCAGCAGAAUUGUACAGAGAAGUGUUGCGCUCAUCUGAGGAACACAAAGGAAAACUCAAAACUGAUUCACUUCAGAGACUUCAUGCUACCCAUAACUUGAUGGAAUUGCUGAUAGCCAAGCAUCCAGGGAUACCUCCUACCUUGCGAGAUGGCAGACUUGAGGAAGAGGCCAAACAACUGCGAGAGCACUAUAUGAGCAAGUGUAAUACAGAAGUUGCAGAAGCCCAGCAAGCUUUACAGCCUGUGCAGCAGACCAUACGUGAGCUGCAAAGAAAGAUGCAUUCUAAUUCUCCUUGGUGGCUGAAUGUGAUCCACAGAGCAAUAGAAUUUGCUGUUGAUGAGGAACUUGCUCAGAGAGUGCGAAAUGAAAUAACUAGCAACUAUAAGCAACAAACUGGCAAGCUUUCUAUGUCAGAAAAGUUCCACGACUGCAGAGGUCUUCAGUUCUUACUUACAACACAAAUGGAAGAGCUUAAUAAAUUCCAGAAGCUAGUAAGAGAGUCUGUAAAAAACCUGGAAGGACCUCCAUCUCGUAAUGUUAUUGAAUCUGCAACAAUCUGCCACCUCCGACCAAUCAGACUUCCUCUCAACUGCUGUGUCUUUUGUAAAGCUGAUGAAUUGUUCACGGAGUAUGAAUCAAAGCUAUUUUCUAACACAGUCAAAGGCCAAACUGCAAUAUUUGAGGAGAUGAUAGAAGAUGAAGAAGGACUGGUGGAUGAUCGAGCACCUACCACCACCCGGGGUCUGUGGGCAAUAAGUGAGACAGAGAGAUCUAUGAAAGCAAUACUAUCAUUUGCAAGAUCACAUAGAUUUGAUGUUGAAUUCAUUGAUGAAGGAAGUGUUUCAAUGGAUCUAUUUGAAGCAUGGAAGAAAGAAUACAAGUUGCUUCAUGAAUAUUGGAUGGCUCUGCGGAAUCGUGUAUCUGCUGUGGAUGAGCUUGCAAUGGCCACAGAACGACUAAGAGUGCGUCAUCCUAAGGAACCUAAGCCCAAUCCCCCCGUUCUUCAUAUCAUUGAGCCACAUGAGGUAGAACAAAAUCGUAUAAAACUACUAAAUGAUAAAGCUGUUGCUACAUCACAGCUUCAGAAAAAACUUGGGCAGCUUCUUUACCUAACUAAUUUGGAAAAGUCUCAAGAUAAAACAUCAGGCGGUAUUAAUCCAGAACCUUGUCCAAUCUGUGCUCGACAGCUGGGAAAACAGUGGGCAGUACUGACCUGUGGACACUGUUUCUGUAAUGAAUGCAUUGCUAUUAUCAUCGAACAAUACAGUGUGGGGUCUCACAGAAGCUCCAUUAAGUGUGCCAUCUGCCGCCAGAACACAUCUCACAAGGAAAUCUCGUAUGUCUUCACCUCAGAGAAAGCAAGCCAGGAAGAGGACAUCCCUGUGAAGGGCAGCCAUUCUACAAAAGUGGAAGCUGUGAUCAGAACUCUGAUGAAAAUACAGCUGAGAGAUCCAGGAGCUAAAGCUCUCGUUUUCUCAACGUGGCAAGAUGUAUUAGAUAUUAUUUCAAAAGCUCUCACUGACAACAACAUGGACUUUGCACAAAUCAGUCGUGUUAAGACAUUUCAGGAGAAUCUUUCAGCAUUUAAACGUGAUCCCCAAAUCAAUAUUUUGCUGCUGCCCCUGCACACAGGUUCUAAUGGAUUAACUAUCAUUGAAGCAACUCAUGUUCUCUUGGUGGAGCCCAUAUUGAACCCUGCCCAUGAGCUUCAGGCCAUAGGGAGGGUGCACCGAAUUGGACAGACAAAACCUACUAUUGUACACAGAUUCUUAAUUAAAGCAACAAUAGAAGAAAGAAUGCAGGCAAUGCUGAAAACCGCUGAGAGGAGUCACACAAACUCAUCAGUGAAGCAUUCAGAGGCCUCCGUCUUGACCGUGGCUGACCUGGCGGACCUAUUUACCAAAGAAACUGAAGAGCUUGAAUGAACUAUACUGGAUUGAAUCCACACACUUUAAUGCAUUAAUAAACUUUCAUAGCUGUAGAGCAAAGUUAUUAGUUUUAAAGUCCGGUAGGUUUCAGUAAAUACUGUUCCUAGUUGAAUGAUUUUUUUUCUAUUUUGGUUAUAUAGUAGCCUAGUCAUUGAGCCUUUUUCAAUGUACUAUUUUCAAAAGGUCUAUGAAGAUUUUUAACUUUACACUUCUAAUAAAACAUUUAUUUUUGUUCUGAAGAAUAUAUCUGUAUUUGACUUAAGUUAAUUUAUUAACUUAAGAUCAGUCAUAAAUGAAGUUGAUGAGAUCAAUCAUAAAUAGAGUUGGAAUAAGAGAAAGUAAGUUAGUCUAGUUUUAUAUGACCUGGUAUAUUCAACGAACAUAGAUCUCAUUUUUGAAAGGGUCUUCAGUGUCAUUAACACAUGAAUCACCAGUAUCUUGUAAUAUUUUAAGUAGAUGAUGAAUUAUAUUAACUCCUUGUUAUUUCAGUAGGUUUAGUUACACUAUAUCUCCAUGUAUAGUAAAUUUACAGUAAUACAACUCCUAACAAUAAGUUAAUGUUAGGCAAUUAUUUCUUUUUUCUGCAUCUUGCUACUGAAAAUCAAAACAGUGAAAACUUUUCAUUUUGUAUUAUUUGUUAAGUGGAGUCAGUGUGAGCAGUUAACUCUAAAUAGUGUUUUUAAAUAUAUUAACAUUUACCUUAAGGAAUAAAAAAAAAAAAAAAACUUUACCUUAAAAUUAUCUAACUGCUUUCUCUACUCUUAAUUUUUCUUAUUUUGAAGUUUUUAUGUUUUAAGAUUGAUAUAUCUGUAAAUGUUGUACUUUUUUAUGAUUUUAGGUCUUAUUGUUAUAACAUGGAAAUAUAGCAGGAUUUCCUUUUCAUUAUUAUUGUUAUACUGAUAUCUUAGAUUCCUUUACUUUCCCGUGUUCUUAUGUAGCUAGAAUUUUUAGCCAUUAAUAGCUAAAUUUGUGAUAGUUUGUUAUUUUAUUCCAGUUCUUCCCUUAAGGACUAGUUAUUUGAUCUUCUAAACAAGCGAAUGCCAUGUUCACAUAAGCAAAUAAUUGCAAGUUAUAAUAACUGAGUGUUUCUUCUUCUGUGAAGAAUUAAUGGACUUUGAAAUCUCUAAAUAAGGAGUAGCUUGUUGUAUCCUAGCCAUUUGGUGUAAUACGAAUGUUCUUGUUCUUUUUUGUUUUGUUUUGUUUUGUUUUGUUUUGUUUGAGCCUUCAGAGUUUUAAAUGACCCUUAGGAUUCAUUAGAUCCUACUUAGCUGCCCAGAAAACUGUAAUAGAAAUUUCCCCUGGAUCACAUUUGUCCAAGAGGCUUUGGUGCUUAGUUAAGGUGCAUUUUCUUACUCUAGGUUUAUAGGGUGACAUAAUUCAACUGAAGAAAACACACACACAUUUUUGGUGCUUAUUCUCCAGUUGAAGGGAGAUAUGCAUUUUUUCUUUUAUAUGAAAUUCAACAGAACUAUUAUUUUUGUAGCUCUUUACAUAUUAUAAAGAGCUUUCCUGUACAUUCGCUUGUUUAAGUUGCCCAGCAAUCUGUGAAGUUGGUAUUAAUAUCAAAUUUAUUUUAAAGGUAGAUAACUGAGGUUCACAAAUAUUGGGAAACUUGCCUAUGAUAUGUAGCAAGUAAACAGUGGAGCCCAGGUCCCCUGACUCCAAAUCCCAUGAAUCAUAUGCUGAGAUUCAGAAAACCCAUGAUUACAAUUUAAUAAUGGAACUAUUUCAGUAUUUCUUUUUGUUUGUUUCUAGUAUUCUUUUUUUGAGCUAUGUUUUAGAGAAAACAAUUUGAUAUGGUUCAAUUUUGUAAAAAAAAAAAUGUAUACUAUCUGUAUUAGAGAAAAAUUGCUGUUAUUUAUUUCUGUAAGAUAUCAUCAAUUAAAUAAAUAUUUUAGUGGGAAUUGAAA